CAGCCGCCGCCUUCAAUAGCCUGCCUGCCUGUCCGCCAACCCAACGCGCCCAGUUGCUCGCCGCGGAUUCAUUUUGGCCGCGCGCCCGCACCUCGCCGCCGUAUAGGUUGAAGAAAGGCGGGCGGGCGGGCGAGUCCUUCGAUCUCCUUCCCUCUCCCUGCGCCGCUUCUCCGAUCCCGAAGAACGGCGUUCGGCGACGAUGCAGGCGGCGACCUUGCGGGCGCCGGCGGCGCAUCGGCACGCGUUGCGGCUGUCCACAGAUCAUAGGGACGGACCGACCAAGAGGGCUCGGCUGGGAGCGAGGAAAUUCUCAUGGACAGGUCCAUUAUGCCCGGAAGCUUCAGCAGGCAACAGGCAACGUCCAGUGAUAUGCCUUCAUAUGUGUAGUCAUAUGAGAACUACAGGGAGACAAUGCAGACACUCCUUGAUCCAAUUCAGAUGCAGUGCAGCUACUCAUCCUCAACAUGAUUUCAAUAUCAAUCAGUUUGAGGAAAUUGGCAUAGAAUUAACGAAGAAAUUGAGAUCUUUCUAUUGGUUUUGUCGGCCCCACACAAUCAUUGGCACUAUACUAGGCAUUACUUCUGUGUCCCUCCUACCAAUGAAGAGCCUGGAUGAUUUAAGUGUGACAGUUCUAUGGGGAUUUCUUGAGGCUUUAGCCUCCGCUUUAUGCAUGAACAUUUAUGUAGUAGGGCUGAAUCAGCUGUUUGACAUUGAAAUUGACAAGGUCAAUAAGCCAACUCUCCCAUUGGCUUCCGGAGAAUUUUCAGUGGCAACUGGAGUGUUGUUAGUUGUGGCAUUCUUGGUCAUGAGCAUUAGCAUCGGAAUAAGAUCCAAAUCUGCUCCAUUGAUGUGCGCCUUGCUUGUAAGCUUCCUUCUUGGAAGUGCCUACUCUAUUGAUGUUCCAUUGCUCCGGUGGAAGCGACAUCCCUUUCUCGCUGCAUCCUGCAUACUCGUUGUGAGGGCUAUAUUAGUUCAAUUAGCUUUCUUUACACACAUGCAGCAACAUGUUCUGAAGAGGCCCUUCACGCCAACAAGGUCGGUGGUAUUUGCAACAUUAUUUAUGUGUUGCUUCUCUGCAGUAAUAGCUCUAUUCAAGGAUAUCCCUGAUGUCGAUGGAGACGGAGAUUUUGGCAUUAAAUCCUUGAGUGUACAGUUAGGCCAGCACAGAGUGUAUAGGCUCUGCAUCAGUAUGCUCAUGACAGCAUAUACGGCUGCAAUUUUGGUAGGAGCAUCAACUACAAACUUGUAUCAAAAGAUUGCCAUUGUGUUUGGCCAUGGCUUGCUUGCAUUUGUGCUUUGGCAGAGAGCACAACAAUUGGACGUCGCAAAUAAGACUUGCGUCACAGAAUUUUACAUGUUCAUCUGGAAGCUAUUCUACGCCGAGUAUUUACUUAUACCAUUUGUGUAGUAAUAAAGUCAUGCCAGGGAAAACACCUCUGGUAUAGACAUGUAAAAUUCAUUAUCUGUUCUGGAAGCGUGAAGGUACCAAGUGGAGGCAUUUCACUCAGUGGAGUGGAUUAUUGUGGGCAUAUGACUAACUAGUCCACGAAUCUCAUUGUCUACCCACAUGAAUAUGGCUUAGUGGUAAAGUGUCAAGUGUGUGCUUGUACAUCACCAUUGUAGGUUGUAAUAUUUUGUUUGUGUAACUUUAGUCUCAAUGUGCGCAUCAUUUUUCCUUGAUAUGGCUAACCAAAAGCUGAUCACACAAACAAAUAGUUAAUUGAGGAAAAUAAUGCUUUCCAUGUGA